AUCGGUAUUAAGGCGCGAACGAUCUCGGGUUAGCAGACCUCGGUGGAAAAGGGCCCCGAUUCACGGUCAUGAUUUACAGAUUUAUGAGGAUCAUCUAGAAUUCAGGAAAUAAAUUCCAUUUCUUCAAAUCAUCAUGCCUGUAAUGUUACGACUUGCCCGGCAUGGAUGUACCAACAGGCCUUUCUAUCAUAUCGUAGCUAUUCACAAUAAGUUUGCAAGGAACAGCGGAAGAGCCUUGGAGCAGUUGGGCACCUACGAUCCAAUGCCCAAUAAUCAUAAUGAAAAACUGGUCAGUCUGAAUGUUGAAAGGCUCAAGUAUUGGCUGGCAGUAGGAGCGCAUCCCACAUCACCAGUGUCACAUCUGUUAGGACUGUCUGGAUUGCUUCCAGUUCAUCCAAGGACCUAUGUCAUAGCAAGGAGAGCUAGACACAAGGCUGAUAUCAAAGAAAGGACUGCUGCAGCAGAAGCAGAAGGUGAAGGAACAAGUUGAUAAGAUCUGAUUAACUUUGCCACUGAGAUGGAUGCAAUCAUGAACAGACUCAACACGUGGAUAAAGUGGUUGAUGAAUGUAACAUUUGAUUGAACAUGUCUGAUAGCGACUUACAAGUAUGUUUUAGAGCUUGAUCUCAUAAAAGCUACACUUGGUGCAUCAAACAAGGUCAUUAACUCUGGAACUUGGGUCUUCAUGAGAAGGAACAUAUCUCUUGCUAAUUCUGACACUGGUUCUGAACUAAUCUGUUUGAUCUUUUAACUUUAACAAUAAGUAAUUUUUCCCCCACGAAUUUGAAAUGCAAUGUCUUAUAUCAGCAGUGGCAAGAUAUGACCAGACAGUGUUAGGAGGAUGGGGGUGGGGGCAAAAAUUUGUAAUGCCAGUUGGCACUAGUAAUCUACAUGCAGUUGAUCUUGACUUCCAUACUUCAAUUUCAUCGACCAAGGUUUGGUACUAAAUGUUGUUUAUGUUGGUAAAGAAGUUUAGUUAUUGGGAACAUGACAAAAUUUAUUCUUUUAUGUGAUCUACAUUUAAUUUCCUACAUCAAUCUAUCAGAAUACCAGACUUUAAUGUCACGAUCCAAAAGACCUCAAAAUCUGCAUCAAAUAGUAACUUCCCCAAUGCUGCUUGGAUUACAGGCGCAUGCCACAACACCCAGUAGCUAUACUCAAAAUAAUGCUUACUUUAGAUUAGUUUGUAGUCUAUUAAUAAUAAUAAUAAUUUCCACUUUACACAUUGCCUUCAUUCAGAAGUUAUCUGGCAGUGCAAGUGAAACAAAGGGGGAAAAUAUCAAUAAGUGAGCAUAGCUUGCUAGUUUUACCUUCUGCGUGCUAUAAAUCAAAUUGUAGUUGCUCUGGUAGCUCAAUGAUCCACCUCCUGGUUUCUUGGAAAUCAUCAUUUCAGAAUGAAUAUUUCAUUUCUGAUUGUGUAUAAGUGGAAAAUACAUGAAACUUUCAUUUUUCGGACUGAGCCUUGAAAGGAACUAGCGAGGAAAGUAUUUAAACUAUCAAACAUGAACACAUGAAAUAAUCUGUGCAGAGUGUGGAUAAUAUUUAUAUGAAAUGUUCAUAACCUUAUUAAAUGUAUGUGAAACUCUAUCAAUGGUGUUUGGCAAAAUUGAAUUUACAUUGUAUGUUUGCAUGUCCUGCAUUUUGCUGCUUGGACGGAAAGAACACUUUUGUGUCUCCAAAAAGUUGAAUCAGCUGAGUGAAGAAAAAAAGUAUAUACUGUUUAUACAUGUAGUUUUUCUCGAUAAAAUGUUGAGAUUUUGGACAGGGCAUCACUUGAUAGAUUGUCUCAUCAUAAAAACAAGAUUACAAAAAGAGACACAUGUACAAGGUUUUAACCUACCCAAGGACAAUCUGAACAAGAUUACAGUACUGAAGUACCAAGCUUUGUUAUGAAAGGGAAAGGUUUACAGAUAUCAAAUUUCCAAAUAUAUCAGGAAUAUUGUUAAAUCCACUAUCUAUUUGGUUUUUCACUCACACUAAAUAUUAAAGGGGGCAGCAAUCUCCUAAGUACCGGGUAUUGUAAAAAGACUAAAAACCCCUCUACAUAUAAUUGUAUCUCACUCAACUGGAAAAUACGACAACUGACGUGGUAAAUUGUGUGACACUGAAAAUGUUUUGUUUUAACUAUUUUAUUUACAUUAUAUAAAACUACAGGUCUUGAAAUAUACACAUAUAUAUUACAUUAUGUAAAAACAAACAUAAGUAUGUGGGCUGAGGGAAUAAGAUGUCCUCUUCAUCAGCAUGAUUUAUAGAGGGUAAGAGCAUCCUCAUGUCAAGUUGCUUUUUUAAUGAAAGCAGAAAUGUAAAAGAAACAUAUUAGUGAGGGUUUGGUGAAACUGCAUGAAAUGAAAAUAGACAAACAGAUUUUGAAGAUUUUAAUUUUGGGAUGUCGAAUCCAAGCAGCUCCCCCAUUUGUGGUAUUGUAUAAAUGCCAUAAAAUGCUACUU